AUGGCCACCCAAACCCCAAACGACACCCAACCUCAAACCCUCCACCUCGUCGGCAUCGGCGUAACCCACUCCAUCGCCCCACCCAUGCACAACCACAUUGCCCACUCCCUCAACCUCCCCUGGACCUUCCACAGCACCGAAUGCGCCACCAUCAACGACGCAAUCUCCCUGGGGCGCGCCCCCACCACAGCCGGCCUCGUCGUAACCAUGCCUUACAAGCAAACCAUCAUGCCGUGCCUAGACGGCAUCGACGACCUCGCCACCAUCAUCGGCGCCUGCAACAACGUGUACCGGGACCCCGCCGGGCAGCUCCGCGGGACGAACACGGAUUGGCUGGGCGUGAAGGGGUGUUUGUUGGAGAAGGGGGAUGGCGGCGCGGCGAGUGAGGGGGCGCCGGGGCUGAUUGUGGGCGCGGGGGGUGCGAGUCGUGCUGCGUUGUAUGCGUUGAGUGCGCAUCUGGGGUGUGGGACUGUGUACGUGCUCAAUCGGGAUGAGGGAGAGGUGCGGGAUCUGGUGCGGGACGCGCAGAGGCUGGCUUCGCCACCGGGGAUUGUGCAUGUGACGAGUUUGGAGCAGGCGAAGGCGCUGGAUACGCCGUAUUACGUUGUCGGGACGGUGCCGGAUUCCAAGCCGGCUACUGAGAGCGAGCUUUUGGUUAAGGCGUGUUUGGAGGAGUUUCUGUCGAGGCCGGAGAAAGGUGUUUUGUUGGAUAUGUGUUUCAAGCCGAGGAGAACUAGAAUGAUAAAGAUGGCUGAGGGGUUGGGGUGGUUUACUGUGGAGGGGACGCACGUCAUUGGGUACCAGAUCGAAGAGCAAUGGCGCCUGUGGGCGGGUGAGGAGAGGGUUAAGAAGCUAAACCGGGAAGGGGCAUGGAAAGUUCUCUUGGAGUCCGCAGAUGCGAGUCCUGCGAUCAAUUUCUGA